CGUGUGUUUGUGUGAAUAUAUGGACCCAAGAAAAUGGCUGCGCAGUCAAGAGUGCUAGCUACCUUGGUUAUCUAUAACCAUAACCAGGCACUGCCGCCAUGGUCCACCACCGCUUCCUCCUCGUAGCAUACCCUGUACAAGGCCACAUAAACCCUGCCCUUGAGUUCGCAAAGCGACUCAUUGCUUUUGGUGCACAUGUAACUCUUGUUGUCACUCUUCACAUGUAUCGUCGCAUGACCAAUAAAGUUAACAUCCCUGCCCUCUCCCUCGUCGCCUUCUCCGACGGCUACGAUGCUGGUUUCAGCAUCACCGCCGACGGGAAUGGAGAUUACUCGGUCUACGCGUCAGAGCUCAAGCGCCGAGGCACCGAGUUUGUCCCCUAUCUCAUACUCUCCAGCGCGCAAGAGGGUCACCCUUUCACUUGCUUGGUCUACACUCUACUCCUUAACUGGGCCGCAGAGGUGGCGCGUGGGUUUCACCUCCCGACGGCGCUGCUGUGGGUUCAAACAGCCACGGUGUUCGACAUCUUCUAUUAUUACUUUCACGGAUACGGUGACUACAUCAAUAACAAAAUCAAAGAGCCCUCAAGUUCAAUAGAAUUACCGGGAUUGCCAUCGUUUCUAGCACCCCGCGACUUACCCUCGCAUUUAUUGGACUCUUGUUUUGACUUUCACUACGUCUUUUUUCCAAUGUAUGAAGCGCAGUUUAACGAGCUUGACGUAGAAACAAACCCAAGACCAAGGGUACUUGUCAACACAUUUGAAGCAUUGGAACCAGAGGUGUUAAGGGCCGUUGAUAAUAUCAACAUGAUCCCAAUCGGGCCGUUGAUUCCCUCUGCCUUCUUGGACGGUAAAGAUGCCAACGAUACUUCAUUUGGUGGUGAUAUAUUCCACUCAUCAAAUGGUUACAUUGAAUGGUUGGACUCAAAGGCAGUGUCAUCGGUUAUUUAUGUGUCAUUUGGUAGCUUCUGUGUGUUAUCUAAGAUACAAAUGGAGGAAAUUGCACGUGCGUUAUUAGAUUGUGGACAUCCAUUUUUGUGGGUCAUUAGAGAAAAAGAAAAGAAUGGGAAAGAAAUGGAGGAGCUGAGCUGCAAAGAGGAAUUGGAAGAGAAGGGGAAGAUAGUAAAAUGGUGUUCUCAAGUGAAGGUUUUGUCACAUGCUUCUUUGGGUUGUUUUGUGACACAUUGUGGUUGGAAUUCGACCAUGGAAAGCUUGGUUUCUGGGGUUCCCGUUGUUGCAUUUCCUCAGUGUUCAGACCAAAAGACAAACGCAAACAUGAUAGAAGAUGUGUGGAAAACUGGGGUGAGAGUGAAUCAUGAGGUGAAUGAGGAUGGGGUAGUACAAGCAGAGGAAAUUAGGACAUGUUUGGAAGUUGUAAUGGGGAAUGGAGAGAAAGGAAAUGAAUUAAGAGGGAAUGCAAAGAAAUGGAAAGUAUUGGCUAGAGACGCAUCCGAGGAAGGUGGUCCUUCGGAAACAAAUCUUAAGACUUUUUUGAAUGAUGUUGCAUAAUGCUUCCCUGUGGCUAAAAGCUGAGUUGGGCUGAU